AUGUACGAUCCGUCGAUGGUUGAAGAGUUGUUUUAUCCGAAAUGUGUGGAUCGAUUCCAUGAAAUGCGUUCCCGGAUUCCGAUCUUCUACUGUGAAUUCUCGCAGAAACGAGGGCCAACAAUGGCAGCCGCCUUACGGCAGUUCGAUCGAAAACGCAACGAAGCACGAUAUCCAGAGGUUGACUACAAGGAAAUUUAUCUGCUCGAUCGUGGCUAUAAGAAGUUCUAUGAAGCUGGCCUUUAUAUGGUCAGUUUUGAUUAA